UGAGAGAGAGAGAGAUAGAGAGAGAGAGAGAGUGAUGAAGAAGGAGGAGGCGUGGUCAAACGCCACCACGCUUAACUCUCCUUGCUACAACCCGCACAAAACGAACAACAACCCUUAGAAGAGAGAGAGAGUGAGACCAACAAGCGACCCUCUCUCGCUUUCUCUCUCUAAAAACAAAUCAAUGAUGUUCAGAGAAUUAGGGCGAGAUCGAUCGAGCUUGUGAGUAAUUAGUAGCAGCAGGGCAAGGGCGAGGAGUAUGGCCAUGGAAGGUUCAGGGGGAAACGAUGUGGAGCUGGUGUGUAAGACCCUACAGGUGGAGCACAAGCUCUUCUAUUUCGAUCUUAAGGAAAACCCUAGAGGAACUUACCUCAAGAUUUCUGAGAAAACUUCGGCUACCAGGUCAACCAUUAUCAUACCAGUCGAUGGAGUCCCAUGGUUUCUCGAUCUCUUCAAUUACUAUGUCAAUGACCGCGAUGCUUCCAGUAAGGAGUUGCAGUUGAAGACUAAGGUAUUUUACUUUGACAUUGGAGAGAACAAGCGAGGAAGAUUCUUGAAGGUUUCUGAGGCAUCUGGUAACAGAAACCGCAGCACGAUAAUAGUACCUGCAGGGCCUGCAAACGAUGAGGGAUGGGCAGCAUUUAGGAAUAUUCUUGGAGAGAUCAAUGAAGCUGCCCGUUUAUACAUUCUGCCCAAUCAGCAAUCUUCUGAACCAUCGGAACGACUUGCGGGACUUUCAGAUGAUGUUGGUGCUGGUUUCAUAUCAGGUCACAGUGCGGAGCCUGUAGCGGCAACUGAGUUGAAUGUUGAGAGGUCAGUUGAACUGCCUCAAUCGGAAGAGAUGGGGAACAUGGGGAUUUCCAAAGUUAUAAGAGUUGACCAGAAGAGGUUUUUCUUUGACCUUGGGAGCAACAACCGGGGCCAUUUCCUAAGGAUCUCAGAGGUGGCUGGAGCAGAUCGUUCUUCGAUCAUCCUUCCCUUGUCUGGGUUGAAACCGUUUCAUGAGAUGGUUUCCCAUUUUGUUGAGGUCACGAAGGAUCGUCUUGAAGCAAUGGGGGGUGCAAAUGUUCGGACUGUGGAACCUCCACAACGAUGAGUUACAGUCCCCAUAAUGAGAGCAAACUGUAGUUUCUAUUUAAUUUUCGCUUUCAAGUUAGUCCCCCCUUUUUUUUCCUUUUGAGUCGCUUGCUGGGAAGAGAUGGGUCCUUUUUUUUCCAAUAUUGCUAGGGUAUUGGUAUUCUUUUGUUGAGGUGUGGUUUUGCAUAAUAUCCCUUUUCCCCUGAUGGAAAAUAAUCGCAAUCUCUAUGCAUAAUUAUAGAGAGCGGAAUCGUUUGGUAAAGGGAUACCGACCGUGAAAUAACAGCAUAGACUGAAUUUUUGUUACUCUCUUUUGGCUUUUGGGUGGUAUUCAAGUGUUAACUCUCAGUUUCUAGGGCUGCUUGGGAACAUUGUGUCAUCCCCCUCUCGACUACAUAUUUUCCAGGGUCACUUUCUUGGGUAUAUGGACUUUGGAUUUGGGCUCUA